AUGCUGCUCCUCUCCCAGGACUACGGGAAGCACCUCCUGGGGGUGGAGGACCUGCUGCAGAAACACGCUCUCGUGGAGGCCGACAUCUCCAUCCAGGCCGACCGCGUGAAGACCGUCAACCGCAACGCGCAGAAGUUCGCCGACGACAUGGAGGGCUAUAAGCCGUGCGACCCUCAGAUCAUCAGGGACCGAGUGGCUCACAUGGACUUCUGCUACCAGGAGCUGACUCAGCUGGCGUCGGAGCGGAGGGCCCGGCUCGACGAGUCGCGCCGCCUCUGGAAGUUCUUCUGGGAGAUGGCCGAAGAGGAGGGAUGGAUCAGGGAGAAGGAGCAGAUCCUCUCCUCCGAGGAUUAUGGGAAGGAUCUGACGGGAGCGCGGCGUCUGCUGAGUCAGCACAAAGCCUUCGAGGACGAGAUGAGCGGGCGCGCGGCCCACCUGCAGCAGACCAUCCGGGGGGGCGAGGAGCUGGUGGCCAACGACCACUUCGGAGCGGACAAGAUCAAAGAGCGCAUCCAAGACAUCCAGGUACACAGAGAGGCUCGAGGAUUUUGA